UUAAAUCCGUUGUCUUCUCAAAGUUACAAAUACCCUAAAACCCUAAUCUCAAUAUGGACAAUUUCGAGCCACACAGCCAAGAAUCCUUGAAAAGAAGGUUUCAUCAAGACAACACGACCACGCAUCAACCUCGUGAAACCACAAAAAGAACAACAUCCUUCCUGCCAAAAUCUAUUUCAACAAACCCUAAUAUUAGCUCAAGCUCCGGAGCCGCGGGGAGAUUCUCAGCGUUUGGACUCAACGUCGACGAUGAUCUAGUUUCAUCUGUGGUUUCUCCCGUUACCGUUGUUCUUGAGGGACGUUCUAUCUGCCAACGCAUUAGGCUAGACAAGCAUGAGAGUUAUCUAACCUUGGCUUUGGCUCUGAGGCAAAUGUUUGUCGAUGGGGCUGAUUCGACUUCGGAGACGAAAUAUCUUGAUCUGUCCAACGCCAUCCCUGGCCAUAUUAUUGCUUAUGAAGACAUGGAGAACGAUCUACUUCUCGCUGGUGAUCUUACUUGGAAGGAUUUUGUUCGUGUAGCUAAGAGAAUUCGAAUCUUGCCGGUGAAAGGGAACACAAGAAAGGUUAGAAGGAACGAGUAAGUAGAGAGAUAACGUUUUGCCAACGAAGUCUGUAGCAGCCUAGCUAUGUCGGUGAUUCCCAAAGGCGAUAUUAUAUAAAACUUUCAUAAAUGUGUUUGCUUCUUUUUAUUCACUGCUUAUCUUCCCAUGAAACGAAAGAACAAAAUGGAACAACAAAAUUGUUACGAUCACAAAUCGUGUGGAUAUAAUCGCAAAUACAAUAGAGAUAACCUAUCUUCAUUUUUUAUUCAUACAUAACAACUCACAUCGCAUAUGUGAAAAAAAAUACUCAAGUGAAUUUGAAGAAACGAAUAGAGGAUUAGAUGUAGGUUGUAAACGACACAUGUUAGUGAUGCGUAGAGAAGGGAGAUAAGAUUCCAACCA